UUUCUCCGCUGCUGACCGUCCCCUGACCGAAUGUGUACUAGGACUGAUAUAUGAUAGCUCAUGUACUCAAAGGCUAUCAUGCAGCGUUUAUUGCGGCGCAGCAACAUCACUGCAAAUCCGCUCCGGUCGAUCACAGGUACGGCGCUUGACUGACACGUACGUAUGUGCGUAUGCUAUAAAGCUUGGACAAGGUUAUGUAGGACGUAGCGAAGAUCACUGCAUACCUUUGUGCACGUAGGCGAAUCCAAUGUCCGAGUCGCUGCUUCCAAGUUAUGGAUGUUCAUACUCGAAAGAGAAGCUCAGGCCAGAGCCGCUCACAUUUGGGGAUCUUCCGUACACGGUUGAUGCAGCUGUGAGGGCAAAUUGGGAUGAUCCUUUGGGAAAUUAUGCGGACUAUACGCCUGAUUCGCGCGAAACUCCAGCGCAGAGAGCUUCCCGGCUCAGAAUCAGCAUGUACACCAUGUUCAUCGAUGACAUCCGUAGGCAUGAAAUUUGGACCAUCAACCACGGCGAUUCAAUUCUGCGCUUCAGUCCAGCCCCUGUAACCGUACCCCGGGGGCGCAAGGCCCUGAACGGACUCAUUAACAGUAUUGUCCGAAGGUUCCUGAAACUUUUCACCCUGUAUCAGUCAAAGGAGCAGAAGAAGCGUCGGACGGAAGUUCACGAGAAACUGACAGCUGCUAUAGCAAGUGCACUAGGCGACAGAGCCGCCGAGUUAAUCUCUCUCGAUGGACUGUGUACUGCGCCUGAAAAGCAAGGACUCGGAUAUGCGUCCGUGCUCCUCGAUGAACUAUUCACGAUGGCCGAUGCACAGUCGCGUGGUACUUGGUUGAUCACGACACAUCGGACUCAGACAUUCUACGAGCGAUUCGGCUUCAAGACCAUCGCGUCGUUCUCAGUGGGCGAAACCAACCCGACUUGGAAAGGGGACCCUGUGAUAGUAUGCUUAAUGCUGAGGGAGCCUGAAACAAUGACACUGUUUCAUGGCGAGAAGGCCGUUGCUUAAGCUGGUUCGUACAGGCCCAACACUCUGGCUUGUGGCAACGACGUUACACUGGCGACUGAGGAAGAUUUCGAGUUCAUGCUGAAGAUGGGCAACAGGGCUCCAUAUUUGCGAGGGUUAGUUCGAGGGAAGGCAAACAAUGGAAUUUUGUGUAUUAGCCAACAAAUGCGAGAUGUGGGUCUCAUCCA